AUGAGCUCGUCCUCCGCCUCUUCAAUUUCACACACAGGUAGACAAACAACUGGAAUUCCCACUCGCUGUUGGUGUGGAGCUAACCUGACUACAUUUGGUGCUCAAACAAAAGAAAAUCUCUUCCGAAGGUUCUAUCGAUGUGAAAUCUGGCUAAAGAGGAAAAACGAGCACCACUUGUUCAAGUGGGUCGAUGAGGCAAUUGUCGACGAAAUUAACAUUGUUGAUGCAAAACACUCCCAACUAAAGGAAGAUGUCGACGAUUUCAAGCUGUCCACAACAACAACUUUGGAAAAACAGGCAAAACAAAUCCAGUAA